AUGGGAGUAGCCCCUGAAUCUUAUGGUAGCCUUCUUUCUUCAAUGUUAAUGUCCAAGCUACCAACAAAUCUACAGCUGGUUGUUAGCAGAGUGGUUAAGGAAAACGAAUGGAAUUUGGACAAACUAUUAAAUACCUUGCAGCAAGAGUUAGAAGCCAGGGAGAGAAUUAAGGUACCUGCAACCAACAAGGAUUUUAAGAAAUAUCACGGUUCAGCCUCAGCAUUGAUGGCCGGUAAUAAUCCAAGUUGUACUUACUGCAGGGGGUCCCACCCAUCAAAGGACUGUACAACUGUGACUAGUCCUGCUGCUCGUCAAGAUAUUCUACGGAAGACGGGGAGAUGUUUUGUGUGCCUAAGAAAGGAUCAUAUCAGUCCAAGUUGCAAGUCAACAACACGGUGCUACUCGGGUAAGGGGCGACAUCAUGUUAGCAUAUGUAAGGGUAAGAAGUCACCUCCACCACCUCCUAGGGACCCUCCUGAGGAACAUGGGCAAAGCGGAUCCAACAAGUCAAAGGAAGGUCCUAGUUUGGGAACCCAUCCUGACGCAACUGUCUGUCACACAACCUCAUCGAACUGUGUCCUUCUCCAAACCGCAAGAGCAAAUAUAUAUAACCCAGAUAAUCCUGAUGGUCCCAAGGUCAAAGCGAGACUAAUCCUGGAUGGCGGCAGUCAGUGCUCGUACGUCAGCAGUGCACUGACGGGAACUCUCGGUCUGCAGUCAAAGGGUCAAAGGUCGGUAAACAUAAAAACAUUUGGCUCUAGUGAGACUAAUGCUCAAGUUAUUGAUGUGGUGAAUCUUGGAAUAGAAACUGCCUAUGGAGCAAACACUGAAAUGUUAGCAUUUACUGUGCCAUUAAUUUGUCAGCCAUUAAAGAACCAAUUCGUGUCAAAUGCUAGCAAGACCUACCCUCAUCUCGCCAACCUCAACCUAGCUGAUUACUCAUCUGGGCAACACGAUGCGAAAGUGGAUAUCCUGAUCGGUUCAGAUCAUUACUGGAAGAUCGUGACCGGGAAAACCAGACAAGGAGAUAGUGGUCCAACUGCCAUUCAAACGAGGCUUGGUUGGGUUCUCUCUGGGCCUGUUGGAAACGAACCGCGGCAAUUAACCCACACCAGCAAUCUUGCUACAAUCCACACCCUCAAAUGUGCCUCCGAAGAAGUUGAGUGUAAGAAUGAUGUCCUUGUACAAGAACUGAAGAGAUUUUGGGACUUAGAAACUCUCGGUAUUCAACCACAGUGUGUGUACGAAGAAUUCCUAGAAAGCAUUAAGUAUGAAAAUAAUCAUUAUGUGGUCAAUUUGCCAUGGAAACCUGAUCAUGCUGAACUGCCUGAUAACUAUGAUCUUAGCAAGAAACGUCUAUUAGGGUUGCUGAAGCGACUGCGUAAUGAGCCAGAAGUCCUUAAGGAAUAUGACAAUGUGAUAAGAGAUCAGCUUAACAAAGGAAUCGUGGAGUCUGUGCCCGAACCAAAUGAAGGAGCCGAGAGAGUGCACUAUUUACCUCAUCACGCAGUUAUCCGUCAGGAUAAGGCAACAACCAAAUUGCGAGUAGUGUACGACGCCUCGGCGAAGUCAAGAGGACCUUCGCUUAAUGACUGUCUGUAUAGUGGUCCCUCGCUGACUCAGAACAUUGUUGACAUCAUCCUAGGGUUCCGUGCAUACAAGGUGGCCUUAACGGGAGAUAUCGAGAAGGCCUUUCUCAUGAUUCAUGUAGCAGAGUCUGAUAGGGAUGCAUUGAGAUUUCUGUGGUUCGAUGAUAUACACAGCCCAAACCCUAAGAUUAUCCCACUUCGAUUCACCAGAGUAGUGUUUGGCGUAUCCUCCAGUCCUUUUCUACUAAACGCCACAGUCAAACACCACAUCGAGCAAUACCGGGAAGAUGACCCUAGUUUCGUGGAAGCUGUUCUGAAUUCGAUCUAUGUGGAUGAUCUUAUUUCCGGAGGUGAAAAUGUGGACAAUGCAUUCAAACUCUAUGAAGAUUCAAGGAGCCGAUUGGCAAAGGCUAAAGAACUCCAAGAGCGUAUAUGCCAAACCAACCAACUAGUGACAGUGAACAAUGCAUCUGACGGAAGUAACAUGGCCAGAGCUGAUAGCAACAAGUCCCAGCAGUUGGUUCAGGAGGAGCAGUCAUCUUACACCGGAAGUACGUGGGUCCUCCCCUUCCAGCAAGCGAUGACAAGCAGAAAAUUCUCGGAAUCUUAUGGGAUUCUUACGAGGACAAUCUUAUUAUUGAUAUCAAGGAUGUUACAAAUUUGGCGCAGAUGGUUCAAGCUACGAAGAGAAAUGUGAUCAGUGUUUCUUCCAAGAUUUAUGAUCCUAUGGGAUCCUAUUAUAUCCCCAUUGACAAUCAAUUUCAAGCUGUUGUUUCAAGAACUUUGUCUGGCGAAGGGUGA